AUGCUUUUGCUUAACCUUUCUUUCUCUAAGGUUUACAUUUCCACUUCUGUAUUAAUAUUUGCAUUUUUUCUUCCUGUCCUUUUUCAUUUUUCCUUCUUUCUUUCCUUCUUUCUUUCCUUCUAUAUCCUUUCUUUCUCUUUAACUUUAUCUCUGUAUUCUUUCUUUAUUUUAAUUUUUUCUUUCUUUUCUACUAUAGUCUCUUUUCUUUCUUUUUCUUUCUUUCUUUCUUUCUUUCUUUCUUUCUUUCUUUCUUUCUUUCCUUCUUUCUUUCUUUCUUUCUUUCUUUCUGUCUUUCUUUCUUUCUUUCUUUCUUGUUUUCCAAUCUUUUUCUUUUUCUGUUUAUUAUACUUUUUUUCCAUACUUUUAUUUUCUCUUUUCUUUUCUGUCUUUCUUUCUUUUUUCAGUUUCUCUAUAUUCUUUAUUCUUUCUUUCAUUCAUUCUUUUUUCCUCUAUUUAUUUUCCCCUCUUUCUCUUUCAUUCUUUGUUUUACUCACUUUCUCUUUCUCUUUUUAUUUUUCUCUCUUUCUAUACCACUCUUUAUUUAACUCUUAUCUUCUCUUUUCCUCUUUACUUUCUUCUCUUUCACUUUCCCUCUGUAUUUUACUAUCUUUCUUUUCCAAUCUUUAUUUCUCUAUCUUUCUUUUUCUCUCUUUAUUUUCAUCUUUCUUUUCCCCCUUUUAUUUUAAUCUCUCUCUCUCAUUUACUCUUUAUUUCCCUAUCUUUCGCUUUUUUCUUCUCUCUUUUUCCCUUCACUUCUUUACUUUCCUCUCUUUUCCCUCUUCUUAUUUUCUUAUCUUUCUCUUCCCCUCUUUACUUCCAACUCAUUCGCUUCUCCCUCUUUACCUCCCCCUCUUUCUCUUUCCCCUCUUUACUUCCCUUUCUUUCUCUUCACCUCUUUACUUCCCUCUCAUUCUCUUCCCCCUCUUUAGCUCCCUCUCUUUCGUUUUCCCUCUUUACUUCCCUCUCUUUUUCUUCAUCUCUUUAUUUCUCGCUCUUUUUCUUCCCCUCUUUACUUCCCUCUCAUUCUCUUCCCCACUUCACUUCUCUCUCAUUCUCUUCCCCCUCUUUAGCUCUCUCUCUUUCGCUUUCCCUCUUUACUUUCCUCUUUUUCUCUUUUCCUCUUUACUUCCCUUCCUUUUUCUUCAUCUCUUUACUUCUUUCUCUUUCUCUUCCCCUGUUUACUUCCCUCUCAUUCUCUUCCCCCUCUUUACCUCCCUCUCUUUCGCUUUCCCUCUUUACUUGCCUCUCUUUCUCUUUCCCAUUUUACCUCCCUCUUUUUCUCUUCCUCUCUUUACUUCCCUCUCUUUCCCUUUCUUUGUACUCUUAAUCUGA